CAAAUGACCCCUUCUUCUUCUUCCUUACCUUCUUUUUCUUCCAUUUUCCUCUUAAUUUAAAAUUACACAUAUACAGUAUCAGAUUAUCUUAGAAGAUUCACACAAUCUUUUGAUUUAUAAAUAAUAUAUAUUUCCUCUGUUUAAUCCAUCUUAGAUUUUGCUUCGGCUCAGUUUAUCUGAGAGAGUUAUGGCGUUCUCAAAUGGAGGUGUUCACGGCAAAGAAGAAGCGUUAGGGUUAGGGUUUGUGAGGAUCACAAGAGGAUUAGGGAGGAAAAGGAUUCUGAUAUCGAAAUCCAAUCAUGAAAACGUUUCGAAAUCGGAUCAAAAUCUGUUGAAGAGAUCUAAAAGUGAAACAACAGAAUCCAAUAACUCUGUUCUUGAAUCUCUGCAUCAAGAUAUUUUGAUUCGAGUACUUUGUCAUGUGGAUCACGGAGACCUAGAGAGACUAAAACGUGUAUCAAAAACAAUCAGAAAUGCUGUUUUGGAAGCAAAGAAGUCUCAUUUUGAUUAUAGCACACCUAAAAAGACUAUGUCUUUUCGAGACCCAUUAGUUAUCCUUGACCAAGAUUCAAAUUCGAAUGGUUUGAGUGAUCAAGAGGUACCUCCUUACGCACCAACUCGAAGGAAGAACGUGAGUCGUGAAUCAGAUUUGUCGAAGAUCUCUAUGGCAUUGUUUAAAUGAGGAACAAGUGCAGAACAUGAAGACACAUAGAGUUCGCUUUUGCUUCAAUCCUCUUAUCAUUGAAGCUAUUUAAAAUUUAAGUUUAUUAUAUUUACUGAUCCAUGUGAAUAUAACAAUUAUUUGCAGACUUUGUAAGAUUAAAUAUUAAUCUGUAAAUAAUUCAUUUGGGUUGUGAUCA